UUACCUUCUCCCUGACUCUCAGCACUCCAGCAUUGCUGUGCAAGCAGAUGUUGUCUCUUUGAGGCCAGUUAUUUCCAUUUUUUUUUUUUGCAUCUUGGCCACAGUGUUCUGUCGCCCGGCGAGAAAAGUGCAAUCCCUUGGAGGUGCGCUGGAGGUGGUUUUCUUUAUUUUGCUGAGGAAUGACAGUAUCGGUUUUGAGGGGGAACAGCACAACGCAGAUGUCCGCGGGUGCGGGAAGGCAUCAUUGGCUAUAACCACACCUGUGAUUCGUUGUUGUGAGCAACCAGGACGCGCCAGGAUGAGGACAUGUGCUGAUGAACACACUUUGACGUCGUCUUAAAAGUAGCUUCUGGUUACACACUCCGGAACUUAACAGCUCACCGUUUUAUCAUCGCUUUUCGUCUUGUCAAAGUUGAUUUAAAAAAAAAAAAAAAGACGAAUAUGCGCAUACUUCUGGGUCCCUUUGUCCGCUGUCCACUCGGCGAGACGCUUCUUGUACUCUGGCUCAGCUUCGCCGGUGUCACCUGCACCGGUUCCGAGCACGCCGCGACUGCGACGCUUCCUGCCGCCUUCUCUGACCUGUUACCUCACUUCCUGGUGGAACCGGGGGAUGAGUACAUUGUGAAAAACAAGCCAGUGACGCUCACCUGCCGCUCCACGCCGGCGACGCAGAUCUACUUUAAGUGCAACGGCGAGUGGGUUCACCAGGAUGACCACUUGAUUGAGCGCACCGUGGACCCGUCUACAGCUUUACCAGUCAUGCAGGUGACGAUCGAAAUCACCAGACAGCAAGUGGAGAAGAUCUUCGGUCUCGAUGAGUACUGGUGUCAAUGUGUUGCAUGGAGCACUACCGGAACCCAGAAAAGCCAAAAAGCCUACAUCAGGAUUGCUUACUUGAGAAAGAACUUUGAGGAGGAGCCUCAGGCUAAAGAGGUGGCAUUGGAUCAGGAGGUGGUGCUGCGUUGCCAUCCCCCAGAGGGAGUGCCACCAGCAGAGGUGGAGUGGCAGAGAAACGAGGACGUCAUCGACCCUCUGAGCGACACCAAUUUUUUCAUCACCGCCGACCAUAAUCUUGUCAUCAAGAAGGCUCGGCUAGCCGACACGGGCAACUACACGUGUGUGGCAAAGAAUAUUGUCGCACGGCGCAAAAGCAACUCUGCAACGGUCCUCAUUUACGUCAACGGCGGCUGGUCCACGUGGACCACAUGGUCGUCCUGCAGUGCCGUGUGUGGGCGAGGCUGGCAGAAGAGGAGUCGGAGCUGCACCAAUCCCACGCCAUUGAACGGAGGCACAUCGUGUGAGGGGCAGAACGUCCAGAAAAGUGCCUGCGUGGCCACCUGUCCAGUGGACGGAGGCUGGAGCGAAUGGAGCAAGUGGUCGCCGUGUGGUGCCGACUGUUCCAUGUGGAGGAGCAGAGAGUGCACCCAGCCCUCACCUGGCACCGGGGGCAAGGACUGCCAGGGCCUCGACCUUCAGUCUCUUAAUUGCACCAGUGAGCAGUGCCCACAGACCGUGAGCGGAGCGGAGGACGUGGCGCUCUACGUGGGCAUGGUUGCGGUGGCACUGUGUCUGACCCUACUGCUCAUCACCGUCGUUCUGGUGUACCGGCGCAAGAAGGCAGGCUUGGAUGCCGACGUGGCCGACUCCUCCAUUCUCACUACUGGCUUCCAGCCCAUGGGCAUCAAGCCCAGUAAGCCAGGUGUGUGGGCACCUCGGCCACGCAGGCCCCUCACCCACAGCAAGAAUUCUCAUUUACUUACCAUCCAGCCCGAUCUGACCACCACAACGACGAGUUAUCAAGGCACCCUACGCUCCCGCCACGACACCACCGCCAAGUUCUCCAUGACCAACGGGCCUCUGCUGGACCCGCUUCCCAAGGGCUCGCAUACUCUGCACAACGGAAAGCUCAACUCGGAUCCCUCAGAGUUUGUGAGCCGGUUGUCGGCUCAGAGCUAUUUUAAAACGCUGCCCCGUGAUGUGGCCAACACUUCCUACGGCACCUUUAACUUCCUCGGGGGGAGGCUGACCAUUCCCAACACUGGAAUCAGUCUACUCAUUCCUCCUGAAGCCAUCCCCAGAGGCAAGAUCUAUGAGAUUUACCUCACAGUUCAGAAGAAGGAGGAUUUAAGGUUACCCCUGGCCGGUUGCCAGACCCUGCUCAGCCCUGUUGUGAGUUGCGGGCCUCCCGGGGUGGUUCUGAGUCGGCCCGUUAUCCUGAGCAUGGACCACUGCUCUGACGCAUGCCUCGAUAACUGGGCCGUUCGCUUGAAGAAGCAGAACUAUGAAGGUGCUUGGGAGGACGUCCUGCUGAUGGGGGAGGAACUGGCAUCAGAUCCCUAUUACUGCCAGCUCGAGGCCGAGACGUGCCAGCUGUUUUCCGAGCAGCUGGGCACCUUCGCCCUGGUGGGAGAGUCCCUGCACAUGGGUGCCGCCAAGCGCCUGAGGCUGGUGCUCUUCUCCGACGCCUAUUGCUCCACGCUGGAGUACAACAUCAGGGUCUACUGCAUGGACGACACGCAGGACGUCUUGAAGGAGGUGAUGCAGAUGGAGCGGCAGCUCGGGGGUCGGCUGAUUGACGAGCCUCACGUCCUACUCUUCAAAGACAGCUACCACAACCUGCGCCUGUCCAUCCACGACAUGCCCCAGGCCCACUGGAGGAGCAAGCUGCUAGCUGGCUACCAGGAGAUCCCGUUCUACCACAUCUGGAACGGUUCCCAGCGGUACUUGCACUGCACGUUCACUCUGGAGCGCCUCAGCCUCGCCACCUGCGAGCUCACCUGCCAGCUUUGUGUGUGGCAAGUGGAGGGCGAAGGACAGAGUUUCAGCCUUGACUUUAACAUCACCAAGGACACCCGAGCUGUGGACUCAGAGUUCCUGUUAAUGGACAGUAACGCCACUGCUCUUGCAGGGCCCAGCGCCUUUCAGAUCCCAUACCUCAUAAGGCAGAAGAUCUGCAGCAGCCUGGACGCCCCCUGUCCCAACGGAGCCGACUGGAGAAUGCUUGCACAAAGACUCAAGCUGGAGAGACAUAUGAGUUUCUUUGCGUCGAAAUCCAGCCCAACCUCGGCCAUCUUGGACCUGUGGGAGGCGCUACAUUUCCACAGCGGAAACAUCAACCAGCUGGCUGCCGUCAUGGCCGACAUCGGGAAACAGGAAGCCAUGAUUUUCCUGGUGUCAGAUGGCGAGUGCUAACAGGCCAAGAGAGGAAGUGGAGAGAAAACGGAAGGGACCGUGUGAGCUGGUUUUCAUUCACAUGGACUGAGGAUGCAUUUGAACAUUAAAAAAAAAAAAAAAAAGUGACACAAUCAUAUACCUGCAAGUCGAAUUCCGUUCGCCGGUCUGAUUCCCACAUCCGUGAUGUCAUGCCUUAUGUAGCACUUAUGAAAAGGAGCGUCAUAUCUCAUCCCAAAUCACCAACAGCCAGUCGUUGAAUUCCACUGAAAAAUGACACCAUUCAUUUUAAGCAGGAGGCAACAGGCACGUUCAUAAGAGCGCCCCCCCCCCCCCACUCCACCCGUCACUCCCCCCUUCAGUGUCUACAUGUAACGUCUCUUACUGUGUGCUUUUGAACCUUCUCCUCUGCUGAAUGUAACAUCACAGUUCCUAAAUCCAUACGUUUGUUCCUCUGAGGGUUGACUGACUCAUGUCUUUAAGUACGUUCCACGUGCAAGGCAUCAAACACAUAAGAGGCACCGCGUGUCCUCUGAAUGCAUUCAUCCUGCAGCACAUACACUUCCAUUCAUGUAGCACACCCACUCAACAUCCAUACACCCACUGCAUUAAGAUGUUAGAUACCCCACAAAGAGAGGAUCCACAGCUUCAAUCCCCCCAAGUUCAGCCAUAGUUUGUUGUGUCUCCUCCUCCUCAGGGUAGCAUGUGACAUCUCUAAAGGUGUGAAGAGAUCCCGUCUCCUUAAAAGAAGACACCCCCCCUCACUCAAACAAGAUGGCCGAUGUGCCAGGAACCCCGUCACAAUCGGACACACCGGAGCUUCUUUAAUGAUUGUCACGAUUUUUGGAAUGUACUUUUAUGUUUCCAUGUGCUGUGGAACGAGGAUGAUUCGUUUUUAAUGCGGCAUCAUAAAUCUCCUUGAUAACCUACAAGUAUUAGGGCCACGCUCAAAAGGCAAGACUAUAGUCACAUUAUCACACGA